UGACAGUGAUAAAUACGCCGACCUCUUGGUGUUCGGCUAUGCCUGCAAACUGUUCCGAGACGACGAAAGGGCUGUUUACCACGAACAUGGAAAGCAUCUUAUCCCAUGGAUGGGGGACAAGAACAUCAUGAUUGAUAGGUCGGUUGAACACUCAGACCGAAACCUUAUGCUAACCAUCUAUCCUGUCCGUUAGCCUAUGUCCAAAAUUCAAGGGACCACUUUUGGAGUUUGUCUUGCAGAAGCUUGGGAAUACCAGCAACUGACGACGAAUGUCUUGUUUCUUGUCUGCUAACUUGUUUUUUGGACAUUCAGCACUGCAGAAAAAAAGAGAGAAAAUGAAAAAAUAAAAAUGGUAUCUGAAGUUUCUCGAGUAACAUGCUAAGAUGCAAAUAUCCCAGCCAAGUAACAACAACUAUGAUUAUCAACUAUCAAUUUGAUUAGGUACACCUGCUAGGGCUAAUGCAGUCUAAUGCAACAACAAUGAUAUAAAUAGGUUGGGCAAAGCUGUAAUAAAAACCCAAUACAGCUCAACAGCACAUACAACCUCCACAACGAUCUAAAAGUUUAAUUAACACCACUUUAAAACUGUUUACACCAAAACAGAACCCUAUGACCUUGAUGAAGGUGAUAGUUAUUGCAGUGUUGUUGUGUCAGGUUGCAUUAGUUUAAGCUAAAUGUGCCAUAUAGAUUAGCAUUAUGUUAGAGACAAACAAAAGCAUUAAAAUGCAUUAGCUUUGAGGUUGGUUUUGUAUCUUGGCAUGUUGGAAGAAUUUCCUCUGGAAACUUUUACUCUGGGCAUACUUUGUAGUUGAGUUAUAUGACAGUAAAAAUGGGAGUGAGGCACACAGAGGAUGUUUGAUUCUGUUUGUCCUUUUCAAAUGGAGUUUUUGCUGUAAAAUACCUGUCUACACAAAGCAAAUGUCCUGGGAUUUUCUUAUUUGCUGAUAUCCACAAGGCCAGAGCAAAUUCUAACCAACACUAAAGUUACUGCAGCGAAGGUGAUUCACAAUGUCAAUGUGAAGCUAUUACUGUGGUCUUUUCAGCCUUUCUAUAAAAUGCUGAGCUGCAGACAGUGUGGUCAUGCUUUGUCAUGCCAUCUACAGUACACAACACACAAAAACAAUUUUAACCACAAAAUAGUCAAUGGAUUUAUUCUGUUGAAUCACCUUGAUCUGCAGUGGCCCAAGUUGUGUUUCAUUUGUACAGCCUAUGUAUGUGUGUCUUUAUCACAUAACCCAGUUCUUUCCCCAGCAAGGUAGGCUAAGGGGUCCUGCCAAACCCCGAAUGCCAACCACAGCACCCCAUUUCUUUGUCUUCAUGAAGAAACUUCAACUGAGAGGUGGCGUAGAGGGACGAACCCAGGAAAAUGUCGUCCAUUUGGGUUCUUACGGAUAGAUACGAUGGGCGUGGUCACUUACAUGACCUUUCAGAGUAUGACAGCGGGUCAUGGAACACAUCAUACCAGCUGUCAGAGGAAGAGGCCAGAAUUGAGGCGCUGUGUGAUGAGGAGAGAUACCUGGCCCUGCACACUGACCUGCUGGAAGAAGAGGCUAGACAAGAGGAGGAGUACAAACGUCUGAGUGAGGCUCUGGCAGAUGAAGGCACCUACAAUGCAGUGGCCUUCAAAUACAGCGCUGACUACUAUGACCCCUCCCAACCCACAGAAGAGGAGGACGCUAACAGAGAAACUGAAGAAGCUGAGCCUGAGGAGAGUGAGGAGCCUUUUGUUGCUCCCCCAGGGCUGGGUAUCCCAUCUGAUGUGGAACUGCCGGCAACCAUCAAGACCCAUAACAUCAUCGAGAGGACAGCCAACUUUGUAUGUCAGCAGGGUGCUCAGUUUGAAAUAGUGCUGAAAGCCAAGCAGGCCAACAACUCCCAGUUUGACUUUCUUCGGUUUGACCAUUACCUGAACCCUUAUUACAAACACAUCCUGCGGGCCAUGAAGGAAGGUCGAUACAACCUUGUCUCCGCCAGCAAGCAAGAGCAGUCGCAGGAAUCCAAUUCUGAUGAUUCAGAUGAGGAUGGGGAUGGCAGUUACCUCCAUCCCAGUCUAUUUGCCCCUAAAAGGAGCUCUCGCCUGGAGGAGCUGAUGAAGCCACUACAAGUAAUGGACCCAGACCAUCCUCUGGCAGCACUCGUUCGAAAAGCCAAACAGGAGAGAAAUGGUACGGCAGCAGUGGCCACCAAACCAGAGGAAGUGGCAGACCCAGCUGCAUCUGCCACACCAGCGCAGUACACUGCAGAUCCAAAUGCAGCAGCAAUGUACUAUGGGUACUACAUGCUCCCCGAUGGAACAUUCUGCUUAGCCCCACCUCCACCAGGAAUAGAUGCCAGCUCCUACUACAAUAAUAUACCCUCGGCUGUCAUGGCUCCCCCUACUUCAUCUGCUUUGCCUCAUGUUGGCGCUACACCCACACCUCCUGAAACCAUUGCCAUGGCACCACCAGCUACAACCCCCUCUCAGGUUACCAGCUCUGCUGCUCCUGCCACCUUACCAGAAACCAGUCAGAAAGCUGAAGCUCAGGUUUCUACACCAGCAGUGGCAGCCAUUAUUCCUCCACCACCUGACAUCCAGCCAGUCAUAGACAAGCUGGCUGAGUAUGUUGCUCGGAAUGGUGUUAAGUUCGAGGCCAGUGUACGUGCCAAGAAUGAUCCAAGGUUUGACUUUCUGCAGUCUUGGAAUCAGUACAACACCUAUUACGAGUUUAAGAAGAAUUACUUCAUGCAGAAAGAAGGGAAAGGCUUGCCAGAGACUGAGACAGCAGAUGAUGAGCUUCAAUCGGACAAGUUAGCCAAGGAUUGUAAGCUGAAUAAAGCCUCUUUCGCCCCCAUCUGUUUUGCCAUCAAAGCAAAAGAAAAUGACAUGCUGCCUCUGGAGAAGAACAGAGUUCGGUUGGACGAUGACUCUGACGAGGACAAGUUGCUGGAGGGUGAGGGUCUGGAAGCUGUGAUUGGUGGAGCUGAAAUGGUCGAUAAGGAGCCUCCUCCAGUCAGUGCACCAGAAGAGAAGAGACCAACACUCAGUUUGGAGGAGCUGGAGGCAAAACAAGCCAAGCAGAAACUGGAGGAUCGCCUUGCAGCCGCGGCCAGGGAGAAGCUGGCCCAGGCAUCUAAGGAGUCCAAGGAAAAACAGUUACAGGCAGAGAGGAAGAGGAAGGCAGCACUCUUCCUACAGACCCUCCGCGGCCCCUGCCCAGGGGAGCCUGAGGCUAAGAGAGCUGAACUAGAUGCAUCCGCACAGCUUGAGAUGCAAGAAGCCCUUUCUGUUCUGUCCGACCUUCCACCUCCUCAAAUGUCUUCUGCACCACCUGCAUAUCCUCAGGACCACAGGCCCCCUGCAGAGAACCAAGGGGCCUUCCGCAGUAGGGAGGCCCCAUCCUCAUCCUCCUACACUUCUUCCAGAGGAGGAGACCGAGAUAGAGAUAGAGAUAGAGAAAGAGAUAGAGAUCGUGACAGAGACCGAGACCGAGACCGAGACAGAGACAGAGACAGGGAGAAAGACAGAGACAGGAACAAAGGAAGGGACAAAGACAAAAAGAAGAAAAAACACAAGAGGAGAUCCAGAUCACGGUCGAAGAGCAGACACUCCCUUCCCAGUGCCUACAGGAGAGCCCGCAGGUCCCGAUCCCGUUCACACUCCCCGGGGAGAAGGGACAGGAGGGGUCCCUCAUCAGAAAGGAGACGUGAUGAGAGAGAAUGGGAGCGCUAUCAUCCCAGCAGCAGCUCCAGCCUGCCCAGGGGGCAUUCAAGAUCCAGGUCCCCCUCUGAUAAAAGGAGAAGUUCCUUGGUGUCCUCAGGACAGAUGCAAAUUGCAGGUUCCUCUUUUUCCCCUUAUUCCUCACCGGGCAGAGCUUUGUCCCCAUCAGCUAGCCCUGCCUCCAGCCUGGCUCACUCCAGGGGUGGUUCUCAGGAGAAAGACAAGGCAGUGUCCUCAUCCAUAGUAUCCUCUGUUCAGUCCAAAAUAACUCAGGAUCUGAUGGCCAAAGUGCGAGCCAUGCUUGCCACCUCCAAGACCCUCCAUCCACCCAAUUCCUAAAGAAAGUGCGGCUCUUUACCAUCCACGAUAACCAUGGGAGAUCAGCAAGCUGCAUUCUCCAAUUUCCUGAACUUUUAUAUGGCAUGGAUCUGUUUUGUUUUUUUUUGACUCCCUGUGUUUAUCCUUAGUUUAUCAUUUCAUCUUGAUUUGAGCAUCAGCAGACUCAGUUUGGCUGCAGCAAUGUGAGAGUGAGGUGAAGGCACUCACUUAAGUUGAAAUAUCCAGUUUCACACUUGACCUGAAAAAAUCAGCUCAUGAGCUGGGAGAUCAUGUCAGUAGUUGACAUGUUUUGGUGCAGGGGAUCUCAAAUAGUGGAAAUAAUCCAUAUGUUAUUUAACAUCCUGUUUUGAAACACUUUUCUCCCAUGUGAGGACAGUUAUUCUCUGCAGCAUUACCUAACACUGCUGGAGGUCUGUAUUCUCUCCUUCUAUGAAGGGUUGUGUUGUUUUGAUCAGUUCAUUUCUGUCCUCUCUCAUGUACUAUUCUUUGCUGUUGUUUGCCCUCUUUUUUUCCCCCUCCCCCAGCUGUCUUUUCUCUCCAGCAUCUCACCCAUCUACACGAGAAGCUGUUUUAAUUUUUUACUCUCGUCCCUCAGCUCUAGUGCGUGGCCUUCUAUUUCUGUUCCUCGUUUGUACUGAAAUGGAAUUUAAUGCCGAACUUUCUAAUCCAGUCUGUCAAUAAAGUUUCAAUUAUGAUUUA